UUUCACUUGCGCUCUACUUAAUGCUGAACCACUUUUCCAGAGCCGGCACCAUGAAAUUGAUCAAAAUAUCAAGGGAAGUCGAAGUUACGGUGGGGAACUGGAACACGAACGGUAAAACAAAGGUUUACCUCACUCCUGCUAAGCGAGCAAAUGACAUAUCAGAAGUCGACAAGUCACUUUUUGGUCUAUGGAAUGAAUACAACAUUCUCAUGGCGAAAUCAACUUGCGUGACUCUUACAUUUCCAUCAACCACAAUUGGGAAACCACACUGCAUGAUAUGGGGAAUACGAUCCGGUGAAAAAAUUGAAGAGAAUGAUUGCUACAACAGCUCCUACUCAACCUGCGGUGAGCUCUCUAUAGCAAUAGAAAACCCAACGACUGAUCCUUGCUAUUCAUACGAUGUAAGCGAGGAAAUUGCUACAAAACUUGCUUACGAGAAAGAAGGAAUUGUAAUAUAGCCAUUAUGUGUGGCAACCAGUCCAUAAAAGUAACUAAACUACCGUGCCUUGGAGUAAUAAACUAGUAUUUAUAAACAAUUGU